AGUGAGAGGGUCUUGGAAUUCAUCAACAAUGCAAGUGUGCUUUUAUCUGCUGUUUGUGCUCCAUGUGGCUGAAGGCUGCGGUUUGGUAAACAGUGGAACAACGAUUUAUAUCAACAUACAUACUGGAGGGUCAGCACUGCUGCCCUGCUCCUGCGCUGACCUCCAUACCACACCUGAUAAGUUCAUUUGGAGGAAAUACAGCACAAACAGAAAUGCAUGGAAAGAGUUAUCCCGUGAGCGUGGUCAGUACAGAGACAGAGUUCAGCUGUUUAAUGGUCACUCUCCAGGAAAUCUCUCUCUACUCAUAUCACACCUGACUGAAGAGGAUGGAGGCCUGUACAGGUGUCAUGUUACAGAGAGCGGAUACACAGACAUCAGACUCACUUUUGAAGGUGGCGUUCAGUCAAACAGUGAAACAACAUCGAGUAUCACAGCACAUACAGGGGGGUCAGUACUGCUACCCUGCUACAGCACUGACCUACACACCACACCCGAGACAUUCACAUGGAGGAAAUACAGAAUCACAUGGGAAGAGAUAUCCAGUGAGAGUGGUCAGUACAGAAACAGAGUUCAGCUGGGUAACGGUCACUCUCCAGGAAACCUCUCUCUACUCAUUUCACACCUGACUGAAGAGGAUGGAGGCCUGUACAGGUGUGAUAUCAGAGGGAGUGAAUAUAAAGACAUCAGACUCACUGUCAAAGUUUUGCCAAACCCACUACUGCUGAAUGUCCACGCAGCAACCCCUGCACAGUCUUUGCCCUUCGUCCCCUUUGCCUUGGUCACUGUGAUCAUUCUCCACGUUAUAGUAGCUGUGGUCUAUCACACCAAGAGAAACAAAGGCCCUGACCAGAUUCAUUACAAUGCUUACGAAGAUGGAACAGUGAGUCUCCACUAGAGCAAGAUGACAUCAACAAACAAAUAAAAGGAUUUGACCAUGCUUAAAACUUCAUUUCUGUU